GAUGUUGGUCUCAAGAUUCCGGCUUCCCUAUGGAAGGCUCAUUCAGUAAAACAGAGUUACAGAAACUCAAGCUGCAGUUGGAAAAGAAAGAGGGAGAGCUAAGAAAGAAAAAGAGAGUAGAAACAAAGGACUUAGACGAGAUAGAUAGCCAUAGAAAGUGUUUAAAAAUGUGGGAAGAAGAAGCAGAACACAGGGAAAGAAAACAGUUGCAAAGUCAGAUAGCUAAGAUGAGUGUGACAGAUGAUGAGAGAUAUGACAAAGUGAAACCUAAGAGGUCUCUUUAUCCUUCCCCGACAGGUCACAGAGGUCCUCUCCUCCACUCGUACCCUCCGCCGCAGCCACCACCAGCGUACCAACACCCAGAUCCAUCAAACCAGCCCAUACCCACGCCACCGACUGCACCGCCACAGCCCCCAGCACACGCCAAUCUGGACACUGAAAGAGGAGUCAUGGGACAAGGAGGUCCCCAGGUGGUGUUUCGACCAUGGACAGAACAGGACAUGAAGGAGGCCCUCGUCCACCUUCCCGAUCCUGACGCAUCGGGCGCAAAGUUUGCUGCUGCCCUGGAUGACUUCUGUGCAGAAUUUCAACCCACCGCUCCAGAAAUCCGACGGCUCCUAGUCAAAAAGAUGGGUCCUACAAGUUACGGCAAAAUCAGGGGAGCCUGUGCAGGUGACGAACGAGUGGUGAACGCUGAUUAUACCCACACAGACAACGACCCCUACAAAAUAAGGGUCGCCACCAUCCAGGCCGCCAUUAAAACUGCGUGGACAUGUCAAAAAUCACCUCCUGCAAACAAAAGCCUGAAGAGUCAAUAAGUGACUUUUAUCAUCGGUUUUACCAGAUUUUCAACGAAAACAGCGGCAUCCCUGAACCACCUCGAUUGGGGGAUGCACCCGGGUCCUGGGAAACACACCUACGCCACUACUUCCUAAAUGGAUUACAACCCGCAAUUAAAGCAGCAGUAGAACACAGUUGCGUGGGACUUGAUGACGCCAGACUCGCUGAAGUUAAGAGGCAUGCGGAACAUGCACAAAAUAUUCAGAACCAGAACAAGGCCAGAGAAGGUGAUAAGAAGGACAGAGAGCGCCACCAAGCACAGCUCAGGAUGAUGCAAGCUGUGUCAGACUCAUACCGAAGUCAGAGGGACACUGGGCAAAGGACUGUCCGGAAACCCAGACGACUCCGGCAGAACACACAAAACUAAGGCUUACUCCGAUUGAGAGGCGGAUGGAGGGGCACGGGGAGAGGAGACGAGCUGUGAUCCUGCCUGCACAUCAUUAAAGGGAAGUGAAAUACACACACACACACACACGCAAUGAAGAAUCGCUUUCUGCACUAACCGCAUCUGCUACACACACACACACACACACACACACACACAGACAGAGAGAAAGUAGAGCAGGCAAUUGCUCACUUAGAACAGCGCAUGCAAAAAACACCUUUAACAGGCACAUAUGUAAAAUACAGUACAGAACCUUUCCUUCGUAUGCCCAAAACAGUGUUAACUAUAAAAGGGAAGCAGAUGACAUUUCUAGUGGAUUCAGGGGCAACUUAUUCAGUCAUUCAGGAAAAGUACUUAACAAAUGUGAAAAUGAGCGGAAAUUUCGUCCAUUCACAGGGGGCAACGGGAGCUAUUGUUAAAGAAAAAUUCACUGUGCCACUGCAAUGUUCAAACACUAUUGAUGGAGAUACAGUCUCAACAAAACAUGGGUUUUUACUGUCCCCACACUGCCCCAUAAAUUUGAUGGGCAGAGAUCUCAUGCUGACGUUGAACAUUAGUUUGGAGUCCACUCCUGACGGUCUGAAAGUGGUGCGCAGACACCAUGCACUCUCCAUGGUCCAACACAGUGCAAAAACCCCUCUGUAUGUGUAUCAGUGGAGAAUACCACACCCCCUUGCCACAGACCUGGUCAGACAGGCCAGAGAGUUAGUGUCCCGUCAUGCUGACUUUAUGAGAGCUGAAAGCUUACAUUGUACAGCCUAUGUCUCCGAGGGUCCAGACCAUGAUUUUGAGAAACAUUUUUAUCAGGAUUUGAAUGAUGUUUUGUGUACCUCCACCCUGUUUUGGUCAGGGACACGGAGCGCAGUCUCUGUGUCACUGACUGAAGGGCAAAUGAAGGACUUUCAUGUUGAGUUUUCCAGCCCUCACAUCUCGCUCUCCAAAGCCACAACAGACGAAUGGAAAGGUCUGGGGCCGUUUGUUAAAAAAUGUCUUAACAUAACGGAUUGGUGCCCCACCAGGGACCCAUCAGUUAUGUACUCAGCCUGUUUUAACAUCUAUAAGAAACCAUUUCAUUGCACAACUAAUGCCCUGCGCUCAGUCUAUUUGUUGAGCGUUCCCAGAUCUCACUGCUCUCAAUCAUUUGUGUCCUGUCCAACUGAUGUCUCCCCUGCAUUGGCGUCAUUACCUGACACCUUGUGGGCGCAAGGAAAGUACGAUGUGGGGUUAAUAAAAAACUGUGCACCAGUAAAAAUAACACCAAAAUCCACUUUUCGCCCAUGCAAACAACAAUAUCCACUGAAAAAGGAAGCAAUUGAGGGCAUAACUCCUGUAUUCAAAUCUCUUUUGCAGGCUGGUGUGAUCAUUCCUUGCCCUGACUCCCCCGUACGCACCCCCAUUUUCCCUGUAAAAAAGAUAAGGGACAGGGGUCAGCCUACGGAGUGGCGCUUUGUGCAAGAUCUGAAGGCUGUGAAUGACGCUGUGAUACCACAUGCACCUAUUGUGCCUAAUCCAUACACCUUGUUAGCACAAAUACCUUCAGGGGCAAAGUGGUUUUCUGUUGUUGAUUUGUCUAAUGCUUUGUUCAGUGUUCCUGUGCAUCCUGACAGUCAGUUCUGGUUUGCGUUCAACUUUGAAGGGAAAGCCUACACCUUCACUCGGUUAUGUCAGGGGUAUUGUGAGUCACCAUCCCUCUACAACCAAGCUUUGAGUGCCAGCCUUGACCCCCUAGUGUUGACCCCAGGUACUGCAUUGUUGCAGUAUGUUGAUGAUUUGCUCAUUGCUGCCCCAACCCAAGAGCAGUGCGAAAGAGACACACUUAAACUGCUCAGACACCUCGCCACAGAGGGCCACAAGGUCAGCCUGAGUAAACUGCAAUAUGUGAAACAGGCAGUUACAUUUCUGGGCUAUGACAUUUCAGGGAAAGGAAAAACACUGUCUCCAAAACGCAUUGAAGCGAUAAGAACUCUACCCAAACCUGUAACAAAGAAACAAGUGAUGUCAUUUCUGGGAACAUGCUCGUACUGCCGUACAUUCAUUCCUAACUUUGCUCUUCUCGAAGCUCCUUUAGGUGCAUUGUACCACGGGAAAAAUCUCUCCUCGAGUGAUCACGUGACCUGGACACCGGAAGCAUACCAGGCGUUCCUCACACUGAAAGAGGAGCUGCAGCGCGCACCCACAUUGGGUCUCCCCGAUCCCGUGAAACCAUUCACUCAGGCCGUGGAUGAAAGGGCAGGUUGUAUGACGUCAGUACUAAUGCAGCCUCAUGGUGACCGUCUCCGACCGAUAGCUUACUUUUCAGCCAAAUUGGACCCGGUUGCAGCAGGUUUUCCACGCUGCCUGCGCGCCGUGGCAGCGUGUGAAAAAGCUCUAAUGGCCUCAAGAGAUAUUGUGGGCUAUUCUGACGUCACCUUACUCGUUCCUCACGCGGUUUCACUCAUCCUACUCGAGCAGAAAACGUCUCACUUGUCCACUGCUCGCUGGUUAAGUUACCAUACUGUGUCAUUGGACAUGCCGAAUGUUACUGUUAAACAUGAGGAACAUGAUUGCCUGGCUGAGUUACAAAUACAAUGCACACCACGUGUUGAUUUAUCUGAUGUUCCUUUGCAAAAUGCUGACUUGGUUCUCUAUGUUGAUGGCUCUGCCUCCAGGAACCCGGUUUCUGGCAAUAACUGUGUUGGUUUUUCUGUUGUUUCAGACAAUGCCACCCUGCGCUCAGGCCCUCUUCCUCGCCACCUCUCAGCCCAGGCAGCGGAGCUCAUAGCACUCACUGAGGCAUGCAAAUUGGGAGAAGGAAAGUCAGUAACCAUUUACACUGAUUCCAGAUAUGCAUUUGGGGUGGUACAUGAUUUUGGGGCAUUAUGGCGUCACAGGAAAUUUCUCACGUCCUCAGGCAAACACAUUGCACAUCACAACCUGAUCAGUGACCUGCUCUCUGCUAUCAUGCUACCCACACGACUGGCAGUCUGUAAAUGUGCAGCACAUACAGGACAUCAAGACAUUGUCUCCCUGGGGAACGCAAGAGCAGAUGCAGCUGCAAAGACAGCGGCGGCUGUAUCGCUUCCUCACACUCACUCCCACAUUCCUGUACACCCUCCACACACACACACCUAAUGCCC